CAGCGAGAGAUGAGCACCGAGCAGGAAACUCCUGCUGAAGAAACCACUGAGUUCAAAGAAAUCUUCGUCAAACCGGAGGAAGCGAUGGAUGAUCAGCGCAGACUGCUGGAUUUCAGCCGGAUACCUCUGAUAAUCUUACACCGAAUAGAUCCCCGAAAGUAUUGGGAUUUUAAAGACGAGGCGGUUCACACUGAGCUCAGCAAGCAGGAGCAGAACUCCACUUUUGAUGAAGAGGAUCCCGAACCUCAGCAGAUAAAACAGGAACCAAAGGAACCAGAACCUCGGCAGAUAAAACAGGAGCAAAGAGAACCAGAAUCUCAGCAGAUAAAGCAAGAGCAAACAGAACCAGGACCUUUGCAGAUAAAACAGGAGAAAGAGGAAAGAGAUUAUGAACAGUUUAAAGAGGAAGAAAAGCAACUCUGCAUCAUUCAGGUUGAAAAGCAACUUGUGCCGAAACAGGAGACUGGCGACAUUUUAAUGACUCCUCCUAAUGUGCAGAGACCCCAAGAUGAUAUGGAACAAAACUGGAACCAACUCAUCUAUCAGGGCUCCCCUGAAGUUGAGAGUCGGGGUCAGGAAGGAACAAAUAACCCAGGAAAAGGGAGAGUAGAGCAGAAACAAAAUAAGAUAUGUGAGAAAAUCAAACAGCAGAAAGGUACUGCUGACAUUUCAAAUCAUAUAGCGAACAACAAAACUCACCAUGACCAGUAUUUUUAUUCUUGUAAAACUGGUUAUAGAAACUUUUCUCAAAAAUGGCACUUGUAUACACCCAUGAAAACACAUAAGGCUAAGAAGCCUUUCUCAUGUAUGAGCUGUGAAAAAACAUUCCCCAAUAGAAGCAGUUUAAUAAUUCACAUAAAAAGUCACACAGGUGAGAAACCUUUCACAUGUACAAUCUGUGGAAAGAGUUACAGGGAUAAAGGUAGUUUAACUUAUCACAUGAGAACUCACACAGGUGAGAAGCCUUUCACAUGUGUGAACUGUGGAAAAAGUUUUCGUCAUAAACAUGUUUUUAAAAUCCACAUGAGAGCUCACACUGGCGAGAAGCCUUUCACAUGUACAGCCUGUGGGAAGAGUUAUAGUGCUAAAUGUGUACUAACUUAUCACAUGCGAACUCACACAGGUGAGAAGCCAUUCACAUGUACGACUUGUCAGAAAAGCUUUAGUCAAAAAAGCCUUUUAACAGUUCAUAUUAGAACCCACACAGGCGAAAAGCCUUUCACAUGUAUGACUUGUCAGAAAAGCUUUAGUCAAAAAGGAAAUUUCAUCAUUCACAUGAGAACUCACACAGGUGAGAAGCCUUUCACUUGUACUAUUUGUGGAAAGAGUCACAUUGAUAAAAGUGGUUUAACUCAUCACAUGAGAACUCACACAGGCGAGAAACCGUUCACUUGUACAACCUGUGGAAAGAGUUACAUUGGAAGAAGGGGUUUAGCUUAUCACAUGAGAACUCACACAGGUGAGAAACCAUUCACAUGUACGGUCUGCGGAAAGAGUUACUGUGAAAGAAAGGGUUUAACUUAUCACAUGAGAGGUCACACUGGCGAGAACCCUUUCACAUGUACUGCUUGUGGAAAAAGUUACAGGGAUAAAAGUGGUCUAACUCAUCACAUGAGAACCCACACAGGUGAGAAACCUUUCACAUGUACGACUUGUCAGAAAAGUUUUAGUCAAAAACGCUUUUUAACAGUUCACAUUAGAACCCACACAGGCGAGAAGCCCUUCACAUGUACGACUUGUCAAAAAAGUUUUUGCCAAAAAGGAAAUUUAACUCUUCACAUGAGAACUCACACAGGUGAGAAGCCUUUCACAUGUACAACCUGUGGAAAGAGUUACAGUGAAAGGUGUUUAACUCAUCACAUGAGAACUCACACAGGCGAGAAGCCUUUCACAUGUACGACUUGUCAAAGAAGUUUUAGUCAAAAAGGGAAUUUAACUCGUCACAUGAGAGCUCACACAGGUGAGAAGCCUUUCACAUGUGCAAUUUGUGGAAAGAGUUACAGUGAUAAAAGUGGCUUAACUCAUCACAUGAGAACUCACACAGGAGAAAAGCCUUUGUCAUGUUAGACCUGUGAAAAAUGUUUUUCAAAAAAAAGCUAAUUUGACAAGAUGCAGGAAAUACACCGGGGACGUAGGCGCCGUGGCUUACAGGCGUAUUUUUAAAAGCAUAAAUUUGCAGCAGAUGCUGCAAAGUAAGCUCUACAGCUUUGUGUUCCUGCUCUGAAAAGAACUAUCGCCACAUGGAAGGAGCAUGUAGAAAGCGCGCCUUGGCCUUCUUUCUCCUAGUUGAAGUGUUGUGAGAGGAAAGACAAAGUGUUUAGCAUAAAUUAGUGUAUCUCAUCAAUCGGCAGCGUUAACAAGGUGACUUCUACCACCUUGUGCCCGAACUGAGACUUGACUUUCAGAAGUGAACUUUGACACAGGAUUCUGUUUUCCUAUUUAUUCCUUGCCAAACAGGAGCAUAUACGCGCUAGACUCAAACAACUGUAUUUAUUUUGUAUGCACAGAGUGCAAACAGAACGAAAUUUCGUUGCAUACAGCUUGUAAAUUGCAGUAAAAUUAAAUCUUACUGCAACUGUCUGAAAUUAGAACCUUAAUCUAAUUUAGGCGCUGCGUAGCGUAAUUACGCACGUAUUGUAUUUCUAGUGUACGUUAAUUGACUGAUUAACAUGAAAAGCUAACCUAAGCAUAGGACGCUCGUAUGCUGCUUUGCUGCACUUACGUGCCACAACGUGUCUGAUGUAUUUCUUCAUUUGCAGUGAUAGAGGAAGUUUAAAUUAUCGCACAAUAAGUCACACAUGAGUGGCCUUUUAUUUGUUAAACCUGUAAUGUUAUUAGAAGCAGUUCAACGUUCCCAUGAGAAUUUACACAGCUAAAAAAGCCAUUCUUCUGGAUGUUUUGUAUACUAAACUCAGGCAAGAAUUUUAAUAUAAUUGUUUUGAUUAAAAUAGUUUUAAUGAUUUUUCAAGUGAGGUAUUUCUUUCUGAAAGAACUAGAUGGAUUAAAAUGCUUUAAGUUUUAGAGUAGAGGUUGGCAAUCACCACAUUGAUGAGCUGUAUCUGAAAAAGAAUCCUUUUAAAGUCACUUUUCUGAUACUGGAUUUUUAAGUCUAGUCUGUUUGAUCCAAGUUCCUUGAUCUGCUUGGUUUUCCUGUAGCAAAAGCCUUGUGAAAUUAUUAGUUUGUAGAUAAAAUGAACGAAUGUUCGGUCAUUGAACACUUCCUCUCCUCUCGCACAACCGAACAAAUGCAAGGAAGAAACUUUGCUAAAUCUGCUUAGAUGUACAGAUGUAUUGCCACAGAUCUCUGUGCCUUUUUCUCUGCUUUUAUGCACAAGCCUAGAAAGUGACAAGCGGUCCGUGCAGCAAGCAAGGAGAUGGCAUUACGCUAGCAGACUUCUAGAUGGUAAUUUAGGCUGCUGAUAUCAUCAUGUUGUACAGAAAAUAAAUUGUCACGUUUUAUA